AACGAUAUUUUCGAAACGGCCGGCGUAGCGGCCGCCACUCGGAAAAAGUUUCUAAUAAUCGUUUAUUCGCUCGUUACCUAUUUUUUUUUUGUUUUUUGUUUCCUUUCUUUCUUCCUUCUUUUUUCUUUUUCUUUUAUUUUGUUUCGUUUCGUUUUAUUUCGUUUUUCUUCUUUUUUUUCUUUUUUUUUUCUUUUUUUUUUCUACUCCGAAAUAUUUACAAGUGCGCCAGCCGUGUCCGUUACCAUUGUUAUUUCUGUGACUGAUCUAUCUUGUUUUGUUAUAUCUUUUUUCCUUUUUAUCAUCUUCUUAUCUCUCUUUCUUUCUUUUUUCAUCCUCUUUAAUACCCUUCGUCUUUCUGCAAAAUAUUCUCGAGAGAAAAAAAUCUUAAGAUCUGUUAGCGCUGAUGUGUAUUUGGUUCGUAGUAUAUCUCAAAGUUUGAGGGGAAGAAGGGAGGCCUGUGACCUUCGGGCAUGGAGGACCACGAGAUUCAGGAGCUGGUGAACUUCAAUGAUGACGUCAUCGUUGGAGCCGACCUUGCUUCCUCCUCCUCAUCCGACAAUACUGAUUUGGGCAUGGGCGCCGGUGCUGCAGGGGGCUCAGUUCUGGGACUUCCGGGCACUGGGGUGACCGGUGUUCUGUCUCAGCACUGUGCCAUAUGCGGUGAUCGAGCCACGGGAAAACAUUAUGGGGCUGCCUCUUGCGAUGGUUGCAAAGGUUUCUUCAGAAGAUCCGUUAGGAAAAAUCAUCUCUAUACUUGCAGAUUCAGCAGGAAUUGCGUUGUGGACAAGGACAAGCGUAAUCAAUGCAGGUACUGCAGACUUCGAAAGUGCUUCAAGGCCGGCAUGAAAAAGGAAGCCGUGCAGAAUGAGAGAGAUCGAAUAAGCUGUAGAAGGCCCAGUUACGAGGAACAAGCCAACAAUGCAAGCGGACUCUCCGUUGUUUCUUUACUGCAAGCUGAAAUGCUCAGUAGACAAGUUGGGGCAGCCUUAGAGCUAGGCAGUCCGAGCAACGACAUCGAUCUCAGUACGAAGCAAAUAGCGAACAUAAACGACGUGUGCGAUAGCAUGAAGCAGCAAUUGCUGAUCCUCGUCGAGUGGGCCAAAUACAUUCCAGCGUUUAGCGAGCUGACGCUAGACGACCAAGUGGCGUUAUUAAGGGCGCACGCAGGCGAACACCUAUUACUUGGCGUAGCUAGGCGUAGCAUGCACCUUAAGGACGUACUAUUGCUUGGAAAUAAUUGCAUAAUCACCAAGAAUUGUCCUGAAGGACGUAAUCAGGAUUUGGACAUCAGCAAAGUUGGUGUGAGGGUAAUGGACGAACUCGUGAAACCAUUGAACGAGGUCCAAAUCGACGACACGGAGUUUGCUUGUCUCAAGGCUAUCGUGUUUUUUGAUCCAAACGCGAAAGGUCUAAGCGAGCCAGGAAGGAUAAAACAUCUACGUUAUCAGAUACAAAUAAAUUUGGAGGAUUAUAUAAGCGAUCGUCAAUAUGAUAGCCGUGGUCGUUUUGGUGAAAUACUAUUAACGUUACCGGCAUUACAAUCAAUUUCUUGGCAAAUGAUCGAACAGAUUCAAUUCGUUCGAUUGUUCGGAGUAGCCCAUAUAGACAAUCUUUUGCAAGAGAUGUUAUUAGGCGGUGCGGCUGCCGAAUUGAACGGGAAUUCUACCCCAAUGCCAAUGUCAAAUGCUCCUGGAAGUUAUGUAAGCAGUAAUGAGAGUCCUAGCAGUCCAUUGACACCUGCCAAUGCCGGUGGUGGUCCAUUGAGUCCACAAGAUCAUAUGUUAGCGGCUGGCAGUCCCGUCAUUAUUCUUAGGGAUCUAACACCUAUUUCAUCGCAGGAAGACGUGACUACCGUCGCUGGUUUUAGAUUAUUCAAACAGGAACCCAGCCUUGAAACUGAAUCAACAUUCUGACUAGACGAAGAAGAAACCUGAUCAUGACCAAUAUAGAAUUCUAUUACCAUUGAUUCGAACAAAAUUCGUUUUAUCAAGAAAAAUAUGAUUAUGCCUUUCAUUAUUGUUAUUAUCAUUAUUACUAUUUUAUUAUUAUU